AUGUACCUUAAAAUCACCUUUAACCAGCAGCAAUCUGUCUUUGAUCAGCAGCAAUUUGCUGAUGACGACGACAUCACUACUGUUGCACAUGCAGAGCUACACAGCAGGAUUUCACCCAAUAUUUGGUUGCUAGUGGGACGAGGAAAGGCGAUAGGAGGAAAGGGAAGGAAAAAAAUAGUCCAGCCUCCGGCUUGGGCCCCGCCCCUCCUCUCCCCUCCUCCUCUUCCCCACCCGCUGGUCUGGCGGCUCUCAGUUGCCGGCUUCGCCACUCGCGUGACGACGACGACGACGGCGCUGCUGUUCUUGCCUGGGUCCCUCCUCCUCCUCUUCCUCCGCCGCCGCCGCUGUCUCGUGCCGUGGCCGUUGGGGCUCCGAAAGCCCCGCUCGCUCGCGCCUUCUUCUUCUCCUCCUCGUCCUCCUCUUUUUCCUUCUCCCGCCUCCUUCAUGGCCAACUACAUCCACGUGCCGUCGGGCUCUCCGGAGGUGCCCAAGCUGGACAUCGUCGUCAGCGAGGAAGACCCUUCGGGCCGAGGCGGCGUUAUUGUUCCUUCCCAGGUAUUUACAGAUGGCAUCACCAAUAAGCUUAUUGGCUGUUAUGUGGGUGAAGAAAUGAAUGAUGUUGUCCUUGUUAGAAUUUAUGGAAAUAAGACUGAGCUGUUGGUUGAUCGAGAGGAAGAAGUGAAGAGCUUCCGUGUACUGCAAGCCCAUGGCUGUGCACCACAGCUUUACUGUACCUUCACUAAUGGCCUGUGCUAUGAAUUCAUGCAAGGCGAAGCACUGGAUCCAGAGCAUGUUUGCAGCCCUGAGAUAUUUUGUCUAAUAGCGAGACAACUUGCUAAAAUACAUGCUAUUCAUGCCCAUAAUGGAUGGAUCCCCAAAUCUAACUUGUGGCUGAAGUUGGGAAAAUACUUUUCUCUUAUACCAACAGAAUUUGCUGAUAAGGAGUUACAAAAAAGGUUUCUAAGUGAUAUUCCAAAUCCUCAAGUCCUUCAGGAGGAAAUGGCAUGGAUGAAGGAGAGGCUGUCUAACUUAGGCUCCCCAGUGGUACUUUGUCACAAUGAUCUGUUGUGUAAAAAUAUCAUCUACAAUGGAAAACAAGGUGACGUUAAGUUCAUUGACUAUGAGUACUCUGGAUAUAAUUACCUGGCUUAUGACAUUGGGAACCACUUCAACGAAUUUGCAGGAGUCAGUGAAGUAGAUUAUAGUCUCUACCCAAGCAGGAAGCUGCAAGAGCAGUGGCUGCGAGCCUACCUGGAAGCUUACAAGGAGUAUAAAGGAUUUGGAACAGAUGUCACUGAGAAAGAGGUUGAGGUGCUUUAUGUACAAGUCAACCAAUUUGCCCUGGCCUCUCAUUUCUUCUGGGGAUUGUGGGCCCUAAUUCAAGCCAAAUAUUCCACCAUUGACUUUGAUUUUCUAGGGUAUGCAAUUGUUCGUUUCAAUCAGUACUUCAAAAUGAAAACUGAAGUCAUGACAUUAACACUUCCUGAGUAACAACUGGAAACUGGUUAUCCACAUUUGAUAAGAUUCCUUCCUGUUUUUGUUCUGAGUACAGAUAAUGGAAAAAGCUAAAUCUUCGUUAGUUUUGUAAUGUUCCUAUGGUGUUUUUUUCUUUUCUUUUCAUUGGUUCUAAACAACACUCUUUUAAUGUGAAACCUAAAAUGAAGAUCUUACUAUGUUGUAGAAGGAGUAGAGAAACAUUAGAUUUGUAAAACAUAGGGAGAAAAUAUUUAAUCCUUUCUCUUGUAACUUUUAACAUGGUAUGUGAAUUAUUUAUUAGGAAUGUAACAUUCCAUUGCUGCUUUUCAUAAGUUGUCUUUAAGGGAGGAGGUGUAAGGCUAUAAGGUUUUUGCAUCUCACGUUACAUUUGCGUAAUCAGUAUAAAACCAUUCGGUGGCAAAUUGUACAAAAUCUACCAAUUAACAGGAGCAAUUUGCACUGAAGUGUGUGUCACAUAUACUGAUUAGAGAAUUAGGACAGAUCAGACAAAGUAAUUUUCAAGCUGUUACUACUUCAGGCUCUGUCUGCAUACUGCCCCAAGGGUGGGUUUGCCAUCCUUGUAUUAACAUACAGAUGAACAACUGCAGAAUCUUGCAUACAUGCAGAAGGAAACUUGCUAUCAUUUAAUCCCUGAAUAAGGUUUAAAUUGGUAGAAGACAGCUUUUAACUUCAGAUGUAAGCUUUAAAAUACCACCGUUCCAGAGUGUAAUGUCACUUCCUCCCGUAAGGAUUUUUUCCAAACACUUUGAACAGUUCAACAUAUAAUCUGGCAAUAGACAUGUUUAUAAGAUACUGUAGUGAAGCCAACGGGAUAAACUGCUCAACAAUACUGUAGUGUUUCAGAGCAGAACUGUACUGUUGAAGUUAACAAAUUGCUUAAUCUUUUUUGCUCUUGUAAUUUUCCUUGCCUUGAUUUCUUGUCUUCAGUCUUUAAACCUAUUUGUUGCUAGACUGUCUGUUUUCUUUGCCAGAUGAUGAUGAACUCAUUACUCGCCAAAAGCUUCAAGGUUAAAAUAUCAUUAUUGAAAUAUAUGGUGUUUGAAGAGUAAGGAAUUGAUCAUGGACAUAUUUUUCUUUUUUUAAGCUAUCCUACCAAGAAUGGUUUGAAUUCAAAAAUGUGAAAUGAAACAAAUGUUUACUUAGUGUGUAUGUGUGCGUGUGCGUAAGUGUGUGUUUAAGAAUGGGGAAAAGGCUUUAAAUUUUGAGAGUCACUGCAGUGAAUUGAAUAGUUACACAGCUCUAUUAGUCUGAAACGUUUCAAUUUGGUCACUUAAGUGCCCAUAUGUACAAAGUCUGUGUUUAUACACAGUGUAAUCCCAAAUAUACCUUAAGUAGAAAUAUUAUGGGGAGCCUGUUGCACAGACUCCACAAGAAUAUUUAUUCAGAAUUAUUUUAUUGUAGUGUGUAAAAUAAACAUCUGCUAAAAUAAGCCUGCCUUGUUUGAUGAUACAUGCAGCAGUUAACAUGGAUGGAAAGUUCACCCCAAAGAUCACUGAAUGGUCUCUGUUUAAUGAUACAAAAUCUCAUGAUUUUACGUAUAUUUUAGGUGUAAUUUUAACAAGCCACUGUAUUCAAAUACCCCACACAGGAGUGGUUCCAUUAGGCAGAGGAACCAAUAAUGGAAAGUAGACUGCAACGUCGAACUUAGUUAUUCUUAAAAUUUUAAUACUACUAGUAAGCUAUGGUAGAUGCAUUUUAAAGCACUUAUUGGUGUACUUUCUUGGCAGUUUGUCUUGUUUAGUGUUAAGCUAACUCGUUAGAGGGGAAAAUGUAUUUUAUCAGGUAAAGGAUGUUUCUAGAGCUCUAGAAAAUUCAAACUGAAAUCACUCCUAAAAAUUGAAUUCAGUUUUGUUCUUUGCCUUCAUUUUAGCAUAUUAUUUAAUCCAUAGCAUUAUAAAAUAAUCAGUUCAAGGUGGUAUGUUUCUAGAACGAAGUGGCUUCAAAUGUUCACAUGUAGAGAACAAAAAUAUGCACACUGAAAUACUGGAAGUAUAUGGAAUACUUUUUAAUGGCAGUUAAUUUGUUAGUUACAUGAAACCUCUUCUGAGAUUGACUAGAGAGAGGAGGAUAUGCAGGUGUCUCCUGUAUUUCUAAUUGUAUGUGCUGAAGUUCAGUUGGUAAUUUUCUGGAGCAGGGGGAAGCCAGGUUGUUGUUUGUGCUACUGACUGAAAUGUUGCUGCUUAUCACAGUAAGUUGCAGCUAGAGGAGGCCAUUGAAACAGUGAGGAUUGGGUGAGUCAACCCCUUCAUAAAAUCUGCUGAUUCAGAUGGGCCUUGUCUGGUUGAGACUUACUUUAGUGUAAGUUGCAAGUAGAACAGGUAAUUCAGUGGAACUUGCAGACUUGACUCAUCAAAUCCCCCGUUUCAGUGGGCCUACUUUAGUUGCAGUGUACUGUGCUAAGCAACAGGCUGGGCAAACAAUUUUGUUAUUUUUAUAAGCUAAACUUACUAUAUAUAGUAAUUAUAAACUUACUGUUCCCAGCAUAUUCUGUAGAAAAAUGUUUUGAACAUCCUUCAUCUAUUCUAAAACAAUGUUACUAAUGCUGCAGGUCAGGUUAAGAAAGAACACCCUAUUUUGAAGACCAAUAUGUGCAGCUUAGGCUAGGGAAAUGAUGUAAUAUCUGUGGUUGUAUCUCUUCAUUUGAGACUAUCAUGUCCUCAGUUUCUACUGAGUUCAUGAGGUGGCCUUGUAAUUUUGCAUUAAUUUUCCUCAGUUUGUUCACAUUUCUUGAAUACUUGAACUCUUUCUUUUCUGGAGCUAUAGAGACAACCUUUUGUAAUUUUGGUUGUAACUUGCCAACAAACUUAUCUGUUGCCUUUUCAGCUAAAGAUUCUGAAUGCCAUCACCCAUGAUGCUAGUAGAAAAUGCUACAAACAUAAAGAGGGUUAUUAGCAAUGGCAUUCAAUCCUGCAUAACAUCAGCCUACAGACCGUAGUGGCCUAGUAGCUUUUGUAAAGCAGAAUUGUGUGAUUUUUUUUCCAUUUGGCAAUCAGACCAAGUUAACCAUCAUACCUGAUUGAUCCAGACAUCAUAACCUCCAAGGUAAUAAUGGUGGAUUAAACAUUGGAGAUAUGUAUUGUUUUGAACUCUGGCCUGGGGUUCUCAUUGUGAAUUAUGUAGAAGGGGUAGCUUAGCUUGUUGAUUUAUGGUAACCGGGUCUGACUGUGUAUAUAAAAUAGUGUAAAUAACCAUUUGUAAAUUAGUGUGAAUUGUAUGGUACCUUGCAUUUAAGAACUUAAUGUAUUUCAUUGUAUUCUCCUUUUGUAGAAAUUUUGAUGCAAAGAAAACCUAAUUCUUGAGAUGUGCUAACCUCUUGUUGUUAAAUUGACCACAAUCAAGGGGAAACCCCAUUGAGAAACAAUAGGAUGCAGUAUCUAGAGAUAUACAUUAGAUUUCAUAAUGUAUCUUUCUCAUUGUGCCUGUAGUGUCUGCUUUCAUGUUUGCAAUAACUUCAGAGGAAAACACCAAUCUGAAAAUGAAAAUAUUACCACAAUUACGGGCUUUAAAUGACAGUGCCCACUAUUCUUCUAAGCCCAUUGGAUAAUUAGAAGAAAAUGUGCUUUAUCACUUGAGAUAAGUAAUGAAUUUCUGCUCUGGGGCCAGCUAAAUAUUGCAGUUUGUUAGUGCAUAGAUAGAUGGCUUUAGCACAAGAAGCUUGCACAAGUUCCUUUCUUGGAAAAUAGAGACUCUUGUGCAGGAAAGAAAAGGAUCAAAAAAGCUUUUUUAGAUAGGCAGGGCUAAUGAAACAAAAAUAUGUUAAUAAUAUGAACCAAUCUCUGUUUUAAUUUGGCAUGCCCCUGCAGCAGAUACACAGUGAAAUGCUAGAAGAAAAUGAAAUGAAAUGUUUAUGUAAAAAGAGCCUUUUUAGAAGAACCUCUGUUAGUAUUUAGCCUGCUAAAUGUUUAGCUGUUCCUCCUUUAUCCAGGGUUGUGUAUCCUCUGCCGCAUUGAUUUUCUGAAGACGAAGCAAAAACGUUGUGCAAUCCAUUGGGCUGGGGGAGAGGUUUUGAAGGUUGUUAAAAUUGCACACAUACAGGUUUAGUCUAUUUUUCCACUACAACAUAAUCUCUGGGAUCACAAGUCUCUUUAAACGAAUCCAAUUUCUUUGCUAUGGCUUCCAUCCCUGUACUCCUUGUCAAUGGUAGCAUGUGCAUUAAAGAACAUGUAUUUCAGUCUCCUGAA